AAGCAUAAGUUGGGUUUUGCAAAUGUGGACAGACACAAAGUACGCCGCACACGCGCGGGGACACACGUGCGUUUGCUGCUGCUUUUCAUCGUGGUUCUAUUGUUUGUUUUUGUGAGGAAUUUUGAGACACAACACAAUGGUUUCAUUCAGUUCCCUCAAAAUGCGUUGUUCUCUCUUUGCCAACUCAAUCUCCUCCUCGUAAUUCAGAUUCACUUCUUCAGAUUUGUAACGCGCCGCCCAUCACACAACUACUAAGUCGGUGGUGGUUUCUUUCAUUGAAAUGGUGGUGUCUACCAGAACUAUUGUGCUUUUCUUGCUUUGCAUUACUGUUCUUACUCCUAUUCUCUUUUACACUGAUCGUCUCACCACUUUCAAUUACUCCUCUGCUGAGCAAGAGUUUGUUCAACAUGAUGAUGUUGCUGCUUUUGCUGUCGGUGGAGCACAUUCUGGCCGUUUAAAUUUGUUACCCCAGGAAACCUCUACCAUCCUUAAGGAACCCAUUGGGAUUGUAUAUUCAGACCACUCUUCAAACAUAAACAAUUUGCCUCAAGGGGAACAUGUAUUAUCCAGGGUAUUGUCAGCUACAAAUGAGGAAGGUCGAAUUAAAGGGGAGGAGAACUCCAUCAAACUUGUCACAGAUGGAAUUAAACAAAUAAAUCAAAGUAGCUAUUUGGAGAAAGCUGAUAUAACUGGUGAUAGUGUCAAUGGGGAAGAUGCUAUUGAUGUUGAUGACAAUGAUGGGAAACUUACUAAAUCAUCUAAUACUUCUCAUCAAGUAUCUCAAACUAUACUUACUAAGCAAGGGAAACAACAUAUUGAAUCUUCUAGAAAAGUAAACAAGAAAGGAUCCAUGUUACCAGAAACCAUCAAGCAUAAUGGCGAAACACCGUCUGAUGCUCGGGUACGGAAACUAAAGGAUCAGCUCAUCCAAGCUAAAGUUUAUCUUUCCCUUCAAGCAGUAAGGAACAUUCCCCAACUCACUCGGGAGCUUCGGUUACGGGUAAAGGAAGUUUCACGAACACUUGGAGAUGCAAGCAAAGAUUCUGACUUGCCAAAGAACGCAAAUGAGAGGAUGAAGGCAAUGGAGCAAUCAUUGAUGAAAGGAAGACAGAUUCAAGAUGAUUGUGCCACAUCUGUGAAGAAGCUUAGAGCUAUGCUCCACUCAUCAGAGGAUCAGCUUCGUGUGCACAAGAAACAGACUUUGUUCUUAACACAGUUGACAGCAAAAACACUCCCUAAAGGUCUCCACUGUCUUCCGUUGCGCCUUACAACUGAAUAUUAUAACUUGAAUUCUUCUCAGCAACAAUUCCCCAAUCAAGAGAAGUUAGAAGAUCCUGGACUAUACCAUUAUGCAAUAUUUUCAGAUAACAUAUUGGCAACAGCUGUAGUUGUGAAUUCUACUGCUGCCCAUGCUAAGGAUGCCUCAAAGCAUGUUUUCCACAUUGUUACUGAUAGGCUCAAUUAUGCGGCAAUGAGGAUGUGGUUUUUGGCGAAUCCACCUGGAAAGGCGACAAUUCAAGUUCAGAACAGUGAAGAUUUUACAUGGUUGAAUUCGAGCUACAGUCCAGUUCUUAAGCAGUUAGGUUCUCCUUCUAUGAUAGAUUAUUACUUUAAGACUCACCGUGCUACUUCUGAUUCAAACCUUAAGUUUCGGAAUCCUAAGUAUUUAUCUAUGUUGAACCACCUCCGCUUCUACUUGCCUGAGAUAUUUCCAAAGCUCAAGAAAGUGCUGUUUUUGGAUGACGAUGUAGUUGUGCAGAAGGAUCUUACUGGUCUUUGGUCGAUUAAUUUAAAGGGAAACAUAAAUGGUGCUGUUCAAACUUGUGCAGGAAGUUUUCAUCGUUUUGAUCGUUACCUCAACUUCUCAAAUCCCCUUGUUGCAAAGAAUUUCGACCCUCAUGCUUGUGGAUGGGCAUAUGGUAUGAAUGUUUUUGAUUUAGUUGAAUGGAAGAAGCAAAACAUCACAGAGGUGUACCACACCUGGCAGAAUCUGAAUCAUGAUAGACAACUAUGGAAGUUAGGAACACUGCCACCUGGUCUUAUAACAUUCUGGAAACGCACUUUCCCGCUGAACCGAUCUUGGCACGUCUUGGGUCUUGGCUACAACCCCAAUGUCAACCAAAAAGAUAUUGAAAGGGCUGCUGUAAUACAUUAUAAUGGAAACAUGAAACCAUGGCUUGAGAUAAGCAUUCCGAAGUUUCGAGGUUAUUGGACGAAGUAUGUUGAUUAUAAUAUUAUGUAUUUGCGAGAAUGCAACCUCAAUCCAUAAUGGGUCUCACAGUACCUUUAGUUGUCCAAGUUUCUUGGUCUUAGCCAUGGUCAAUGCACCUUAUAGGUUGCAAUUCCAUUUAUGUAAAGAUUCCAUUUUGUAGAGAUUUAUUUAUUAUUCUUUUUGUAUACAUUUCUCGCUUUGUAUCAGGCGUUUGGAUUUCAGCAUAGAAGGUUCACAACCAAAAGAUCACAUGCCUUCCGGUAUGCAAUCUGUAUUUGUAUAUGAAACAAACAAGUCUAGAGUUAUUCCCUUUGGCUA